AGUCAUUAGAGCUGAUUAAAUUUUAAGACGAGCGCUCGGAUUAACGUCCUGCCCACGUCACAAUGCAAAACCUGCUGGGCGCGCGCUGAUUGGACGGACGCUUCUUUCUGCGUUGCUGGAAAUAACACAUGCGAACCGAGCGGAUCAGUGUCCUGGAUUCCACCGAACCGAACCCGAGCGCUCGAGCUUCCCGUGGUGGAUCUGCGUGGAAGAUGGCGGAUUUGAGCGCAGUUCGACAGGAACUUAGAACCAGAAAUCAGAGCAGUUCUUUCGGGGAGCCUCAGUGUAUGUCAUCCCAAAAAGAAGAGCAACAGAGACUGGCCGUGCCGUUCUGCGGUGGCAUCCGGGGUGGAAUGAGGUCAGGGAAGAAAAUCACUAUCAUGGGCGUUGUGAACGCAGAUCCAGACAGUUUUGACAUCAGUCUGACGUGCGGCUGUGGGGACGUCGCUCUGGAUAUGUGCGUACAGUUCGAAGAUCGGGAGAUUUUGCGAAACGCCUGCGUUUCUGAUAGCUGGGGUGAGGAGGAGAGGUCAAUACCAUACUUUCCCUUCAUCGCAGAGCAGCCUUUCAGGGUUGAGAUCCAUUGUGAGCACCCGCGCUUCCGUGUGCUUGUGGACGGCCAUCAGCUCUUUGACUUCUACCAUCGCGUGACGCCGCUGACGGCCAUCGACACCAUACAGAUCAGCGGCAGUCUGACCAUCACCAAGCUGAACUGACGUCUGCUGCGUCACAUGAAAGCAGCUUCACCAACAGCUCAUCCGUUCUGAGCAUUAAAGACUGUCUUUGAUACCGCUUCAAUCAUCUAGAACUGAUCAACUCAACUUGAAACCACAUUUUGAGCCAUAAGGAGGCAUUUAUUUUUAUUCGCUGUAGCAUUUUAGCAGAAGUCAACAUGAAACACCAUUUCCAACCCAUUUAUUUGUUUUUUGAGUGCGACAGGAUAUUAAAAUAGAAAAAAACAUAGAGUGGGAUUGAUUUUCUUCCAUUAGGAUAAAUAACUAUGUGGCUGUUGGAAAAGUGACGUAUUUUUGUAGUCCAGCCAAUAAGUUCACAUCAUCCUAGUCCUUUGACAAAAACCCAAUAGGAUUUUUCCAUUGGCUUUUGGAUUAUUGCAGAAAAUGAGCUCUGUGACCUACAAAAGUUUAUGAUUUUUACACGUUUGGUUCACUUUGAUAAUCUUCACAAAUGAAUUUUGAAUGAAUUAAGUGUAAAAGAGUUACCUUGAAGAUAUUUAAUGUCCCUGACAGGCUUUGUAGCCCACUGAGCCACUUGUUAGCAACCGCAUUAAUACGAGAAAAUAUCCUGAGCUUGUGUUCAACACAGACCUUAUUUUAGGCAUUUAACCAAAAACCCAUUCAACAAAACAAAACAAAACAAUGACCUCAGGACAAUAGAACCGAGUGAGCCAACAAAAAUGAACCAAAUUGGCUUACAAAAAUACGUCAUCCCUGCAGCGCUCUAGAAAGUGACAGCAGUAGAGACUAAAUAUUUAAACAUAUGAGACAAAAUAUUCAACAUACCAAUAAGUCAAUCACUUUAAGACCAAGAGCGUGAAUUCAGAAAGCAAAAACGGUCUGUGGGUUUCAUGUUGACUUUAUGGCGUUAAAGUGGAGAUGAAAGAAAUGGAGAAAUGUCAGAUGAAUAUUGCCGUCAGUAGUGAUAAAGAUGCUGAACUAACAACAGAGCACUUGAAAGCCUACAGCUUCAGUGAAUAGCUAUUUAUGAAUGUACUGCCUGAAUUUAACAGUGUAACUCUCCAGCUAAUGUGUUUAUUUAUUUCCUAAAUAUGCAUUUAUAAACUAAACGGGGUGAUUUGAGAGUUGUGUCUGUCUUACAGCAAUAGUGAUCUUUCUAUUGUAAUUCCAUUGACGAGCACUUAAACACACUUAAAAGCGAUGCAUUUUAUGAUUAGCUGUGUUAACGAGAUGAUGUGAACUUCAUUUAGGGGUUCUGUUACUUGAGACCAGCAUAAAAUCAGGGAGAAAAUCAUUGCAUUCCAGCGCUUUUUAUGUAUUUGUUGUCUCUGAGCACACGGUGUGUCUUGAUUGUACACACAUUGUUCCUACUUAAUAAACGCUUCUGAUUAAUGAUA